CAACGUAUAUCAAACCACCCUCAUUGAAGUUUCCCUGAAUGCUAAUGGAAAACAACAAAAACAAUGAGCGUGUAAAGAACGGAAGUUGAUCUAGAUGUCCUCACAGAUAAGGCCGAAACAAAUCCUGAGGUGAUGAUCUCGUGGUUUGAACUCUGAGUCUAGUUUGUCAUCCUCCGCUCACUUGUUCAUCCAAACCAACCUUGAAGCUAACCUUCAACGCUUUAUCCCUCAGAUCGAGCCCGACUCUCAGCGUGUGAAUAGCUAUCAUGUGAUGGUGACUCCUUUCCUCCAAUCAAAAAAGUGUGUCUCUUGAGUAACCCAAUAAAAUCCCGAUUCUCUCUCCGAACCCACGUUCCAUUCCCAGAUUAGGAUGAUUGGGCCUGAAUUUUCAAUUUUCCUCCUCAUUGGCUAUGCUCUUCAGAUAGCGUCAGGCUUUUUCUGGUACGCUCCCUCACGUUUGAGGACCCUGGACAAUUGUAUCACCCUAAAAGAACAGGAUGCCGAGUACUACCCCAAUUAUUGCGACCGUCUGAUUAAGGAAUAUGGGGUUGCAGCCGUUGCCACAACAUCGGAACCUACGCCCUUUGUUACCACAGGUUGGGGUUGGGGUCAAUGGGGCGAAUGGAUGGAGGAUUCCUGUCCUGCCGAUUGUGGCCGCAGAUGCCGCCUCCGUCGUCGACAUUGCAUGGGCCCGUACGAACAAGGCUGUCGCGACAACGGCGAUUCCUAUGAGUUCGAUUCCUGUGAAUCGAGGCGAACAACUCCUCAGCCAGAACAGGACCCCGAUCAAGAUGAGCCUGAUUUUUAUGAUGACGAAGAUGGGAAUGAUGCGAAUGGCGAUGGGACUCCUUUCCAAAGAUUUCGGGGAGCCAAUACCUACCGCAGAGCCGGGUCUUUGGCGACGAUGCGGGUAAUCAAGCGCCGACGGAAACCUUGAUGUACGUUAAGUUGCGUGAGAAUAAGACUCCUUUCUUCCGUCGGCGUUUUCUUGCUGUUGUUUGUCUUCAAGAUAAUUUUGCAAGAUCAGAACGCAUUGACUCACAUUUGUCUGUCUUAUGAUGAUGUUUAUUUUCUGUUUUCACACGAAGUAUGUAUAUAUAUACAUAUAUGACAUUUUGUCCCCAUGCAAGAAACCGAUCCCCAGAAAUUGCAUAUCAGUUUUCAAUAGCGGUUCUCUCAUGGUCAGUUGGUUUUUGAUGUUGGCCAAACUCUAUCACCGACGACAUGCGAACAAAAACUAUGCUAGAAACAUGUGCAUGUGCAAAUAGACAAACAAAAAGUUUUAUGAGAUCAGCUCAAGAAUGGUGUAAAAGAAAGUUUUAUCCACUACCCUAAACCAUCAACCCUUAUUUGAACCAACACCACCACAACUACCACCAAUGGUUCAACACACCCUUUUUCUUCCACAUCUAUGGGACCAUUCAUUCGGCCACCACCCAACCCUAGAAUGAACCAACCCUUCGCCUUCUAUCAAGGAGCUUUGUCUCAGUUCACUCUCCAUAAAAUUCUCAUUUUCUUUUCGUUUGACUUUUCUCCUUCUCUCAUUGCCCACUCCAAAAUGGCGACACUGUUGAGAAAGUUCAACAAUGACAUUCAAACAGAGAGCAAUAAAAUCCUGGCAGUAAACUUCA